UCAUAUAUGUUGUAAGAUACUGUCGUGCAAGAUCCUGUUUACUUCUUCCUCUCUCGUCAACCCACUGUCACCCACAUUCACCACUCACCACUCACCACUCACCUCUCACCUCUCACCUCUCCCACCAAAUCAUACACAAAUGUCGAAGCAGUGCUACGCCACAGACUCCCCCUUCGAGGAUCUCAUCGGCUACUAUCGCGCCGUCCGCCACGGCCAACACAUCUUCGUCUCCGGCACAACCUCCGUCGACCCCACCACAAGCAUCCCACAGAUCCUUUUCCCCGGCGACGCAAAGCAACAGACGCGCGUGGCGCUGCAGGAAUGCAUCAAAGCCGUCAAAGCCAUGGGGGGACGCGGUCCCGAAGACAUCGUGCGUGUGAAGAUGUUCGUUAGUCGGCGGGAGGACUGUCGCGCCGUGGGGGAGGGAUUCAAGGAGAUUCUAGGCAAGGAAAAUGCUAGCAGUAGCGACACGCCGAUUGGAGCAGCUGCGACCAUGAUUGUGGUGCACAAUGGGUUCAUCGACCCCGACAUGCUGGUCGAGAUCGAAGUGGACGCUAUUGCGGUAGACUAGUCGAUGUCAUCGACGAGGGCUGCAUCGGAUGCAUAGAAUGUCUGUGGUGUAGGUCUGGGGAACAGGGAUCAUUGCAUCAUCAUUGGAAAUGUAUAUACAAGCCUCAAGUCGAAACACUG